UUUACAUCGUGCGCUUGCGUCGACGCUGCCGAUGCGACCGAGGCGCGACGAAUGAGGUUCGGACGGCGUUAUCGCUUACGGUAGCACUGUGAUGUAAUGUUACGUGCGUAAUGUUGAGGCAUAUUGACACCGGCGACACGGUAGUGGCAGCAACAGCAGCAAUUGUUACGAACGUGGUGCACAUUUGAGCGUCAUGAAUGCGGAGAUAUCGCCGAAAAGAAUUGUCUGACGACUGCCGUACGCAAUUUAUCGCUCGAAAAACUUGUGACGACUUCUCUAUGUUGCACCGCUCCUGUUUCGCGCGUUGUUCCGCGAGAACGAUCAACGACAACGUGAUGACGACAACGACGACAACGACGACGACGAUGACGACGACGACGACGACGACGACGACAACGACGACGAUGUCGAUGUCGCGCGACAACCACACGCGUGUAUCUCGACAGUGAGAUCUUCGGCAACGGUGCACGACGAUGAUGUUGAUGGCAACGCAAGGGCAACGCAACGACCGAGCGCAACGUGGAACUGUCGUCGCUGUUUGAAUCGUACAUCGCGAAUUGUGUUUAUACUCCGACUCUGACGGGGUCGUCGUCGAACCGUGAUCCACUGGAUGUAAAACAAUCCUAGGCGUAAUGGCAGCUCACAAAACAGGCGGGCAGAGUGCUCGUAAGAAAGUUCAGGUGUCUAUGGUUAUAAGAGACGAAGUAGAGAAGCAGCAUCGAGCUGGUGUUAAUUCCCUGCAAUAUGACCCAGUUCUGCAUAGGCUAUAUUCUGCUGGUAGAGACAGCAUCAUAAGGAUAUGGAAUUGCAGAAAUAUGAAGGAACCGUAUAUCCAAUCCAUGGAACAUCAUACCGAUUGGGUCAAUGACAUAGUAUUAUGUUGUGGUGGCAAAAAUCUUAUAUCCGCAAGUUCUGACACAACUGUUAAAGUGUGGAAUGCACAUAAAGGUUUUUGCAUGUCCACAUUGCGUACACACAAAGAUUACGUGAAAGCAUUAGCAUAUGCCAAAGAUAGAGAGCAAGUUGCUAGUGCAGGUUUGGAUAAAUCGAUAUUUCUAUGGGAUGUUAAUACAUUGACGGCUCUUACUGCGAGUAAUAACACAGUGACAACAUCAUCCUUGAGUGGGAACAGAGAUUCCAUAUACAGCCUCGCCAUGAAUCAAACCGGCACGAUUAUUGUAAGCGGUAGCACGGAGAAAGUUCUUCGAGUGUGGGAUCCACGAUUUUGUACCAAACUUAUGAAACUUCGUGGCCACACAGACAAUAUUAAAGCGUUAGUCUUGAAUAAGGACGGUACGCAAUGCUUAUCAGCGAGUUCUGAUGGUACUAUCAAAUUAUGGUCACUCGGUCAGCAAAGAUGUGUGCAAACGUUUAGAGUUCACAAAGAAGGAGUGUGGGCGUUAUUGGCAACCGAAAAUUUCACUCAUGUAAUAUCUGGAGGAAGGGAUAAAAAAGUAGUAAUGACCGAAUUAAGUUAUGCGGAGAGAUAUACAGUUAUCUGCGAAGAAAAGGCACCUAUACUCAAGAUGGCCAUGACGCCGGAUCAAUCUAGCAUUUGGGUUGCAACCAGCGAAUCAACUAUUAAUAAUUGGCCUAUAAGCCAAAAGGAUUGGCAAGAGUUAGGAAUCGGAGAUUAUUGUGACUCCGCGACUAGUAACGUAUCAAGUAAUAUUUUAAGGAAUACCGAACCCGCGCAAAAGAUACUAGGUGGUCCUGCUAUAAGACAUUAUCAUAUAUUGAAUGACAAAAGACACGUUAUAACAAAGGAUACGGAAGAGAACGUUGCGCUAUAUGAUGUACUAAAGGCGUGUAAAAUAGAAGAUUUAGGCAGAGUCGAUUUCGAGCAGGAGUGUAAAAAGAGAAAUAAAAUGGUAUAUGUCCCAAACUGGUUCAACGUUGAUCUCAAAACUGGAAUGUUAACCAUACACUUAGGACAAGACGAGAAUGAUUGCUUUUCCGCGUGGGUGUCUGCCAAGGAGACUGGUUUGGCGGAAAACGAUGCUGUAGAUCAGAAAGUGAAUUAUGGAAAUCUGUUGUUACAAGCAUUGCUCGAACACUGGUGGAGGCCACUGCACGCCGACGACGAAAACGAAGGCAAUGGCAAUGAUGGAAACGGUCCCAUACACACGAGAGGAGGCAACCCAUACUUCUCAGUACCUAGUCAUACGCCUGUCAUCUUUAGUGAAGUGGGAGGUAGAACCAUCUACCGAUUAUUGGUUCGAGAUGCCGCGGGAGAAACCGAGGGUGUUCUAUUGAACGAAACGGUUCCACCAUGGGUAGUGAAUAUUGUCGUGGAUAAGAAUCUUCCACAGUUCAUUAAAAUACCUUUCUAUCUUCUUCCACACGCCUCUUCGGGUGUAAAGAGUUUGAAAAAGGAUCGCUUGAUCGCCAAUGAUUUUAUACAAGUCCGCAAAGUGGCGGAGCACGUUUACGAUAAAGUGCUCGGUGCAGGAAGCGAUUCAGGCUCGGUAGCUGGAGGUGGCAAUACGGUUUCUAGCGGAUCUCCAGCGGGAGACAGAACAAAUACGGAUUCUAACGCUGAUAAUUCUUCGCUGGCCGAGGAAAAAGUCGAACUCCUGUGUAACGAUCAGGUCUUGGAUCCUUCGAUGGAUUUGAGAACGGUUAGGCAUUUCAUCUGGAAAAGUUCGGCAGAUUUAACACUUCAUUAUCGCCCUGUUAAAUAGUUAGGAUUAACUAUAUUGCAUCAUGAGUCUUUACAGUGUGCCUGGUUUUAUACCAUGAAUAGUGGAAAAUACAUGGGCUACUUGCAGAAUAUGGUACCUUGUGCCACUUUCUUCUUAGGAAAUGAUCACCUGGAUUUAACAGAUGUUUCGUGUGACGUCGAGGCAGGAGCGAAAGAAAGCGAGGCAUAUUUGGAGUAUUAGGGCAUAACACGCAAAGUUCGAAGGCAAUAAUAUGUGGAAGUAUUAAUGUAAAUUGCUCACUUUUAUACACCUGCAUCCUGCGGCCAAAUUCACACAAUGGAGCAUUACUCUCGAUUAAUCUGCUUGAAAAUAGCAUGCUUUUUGUACCUGGAUAUAGAAUUUAAAGUGCUUAUUGUCAGCCAUUACUAGUCUUCCCACUUGAAAUGUAUCAAUAAGAGCAUAUGGCACAAAUAUAACGAAGGAAAAAGAGGGAUAGACUCGCAUGGCCGAAAAAAAAAUAUUGUUGGUUUCAUUAGGUCUAAUGGAUCCAGGUGAUCCUCACAAAUGCUUCUCAAGUUUCCUUUAUUAAUUCUAUUUUAGCUAUAAUGCCGUAAUCAGUACGUAGGAUUGUCUUGUUUUAGUAUUGUAAUAAAAGUAUUCAAUAUUUAUUGAAGCUAUGAGAAAAUGUA